UUACACCUCAACGUGGAAACGUGUGGGACUGCAGUAGAACUUAGCGGUACAUGUAUGGAAGGGAUACGAUAGUAAAAGUUGAACAUAUUAGUUUUUUAGUUGGCAAAUAAAAUGGGUAAAAAGCGUGUUAGCGAAGACUCGGCGGAGUCAAACCUGCCAGUGAAAAAAGAGAAAUAUCCGGAGUUCAACGGGACGGUUUUUAAGGGACUGUUGAAGGAUCCGACCACAGCCAUGAAGGGACUGGAGACUUUCAUAUCCACUGCAAAGAAGCUGCCAUGCACCGGCUUAUAUGAUGUGGUGGAAGGAUAUAUUAAAAUUUCAAUGGAAUGUACAGAAAUUUUCAAGUUGCUCGAGGGAGAGAAGCAAGCGGAAAGUGAGAUGAUGCUGAUUUUCGAGAGUCUGGAGAUGAUCCUUCUAAGAACAGCCAGUGACCUGUCACACUUUAACAUGGUCGGCAACGCCAUUGUGAAAAAGACUGUUUCUAGCUACAUGAAGUGUCUUCACAGUUCUUUCCACUCUGAGAAUCACAGGUUUGUGCGUCAGUGCCUCAGUUUCUUGUCCGCCUUAGUGUCUCAAGGUCCAGAAGCUGCCAGAGAGGUCUUCAGUCACAUUUACAUCAAGGCACUGUCAGGACUAGCAAGAAGAAAGGACAAAAGGGGAAGACCUGAUGUCCGCAUGGCUUUUGUCCAGUUUGUGUUGUCCUUUUUGGUCUCUGGAGACAAUGCUACAAUUGGACAUAUAUUAGAAAUCAAAGAGCUUCUGCCAGAGAUCCUGAACACUGGCCUAAAAGAGGACCGGAUGUCCAUUGUCAAUUUGAUUUUGUCCACACUGAAGUCUAGAGUUGUCCUAAACAAGGCCAUUAGUAAAACUCAGAAGGUGCGUUUUUUCACACCUGCUGUAUUGUCCAGUUUAGCGUCUCUUUAUAAAUGGAGUGGGAUCGAGGAUGCGACCACUGAUAAUGAAGACAUGACUGCAGACUCGCAGCUCAGCGGGGCAGCACUUGUUCGUGAUCUCGUCCACAACUUCCUUCUAGACCUGUGUUGCUCUCGUAAACAUGGUAUCAGCUUUCAUGAUGCCAGCUUUGGAACAGUUGGCAGAGCUGGAAAUAUUGUCCUGCUGCAGUUCUUGGUUGGAUUGAAACAAGCCACAGAUGAUGAACUGGUGGCAGAUCUGGUGGUUAACAUACUUAAAGCCAGCCCUGACAUUCUGUCCAGAUAUUUCAAGGAGACGCAAUUUUCAUACACACCACGCCUCAAAACUGCUUGGCAGGACAAUGUCAAGCUGCUUAAAAAGAUCUAUGAGGCACAGCCGGAGAUUUCCACAGUUUUCCAUGCUCAUGAGGCCAUCCCUCUUCCACGGCUGCUCUCCAUGAUUAUGGUCGUAUCUCUUCCUCCAGUCUGCAACAAGGUCUUCUUCACACAGGGCCUCACUAUUACCAACACAGCAGUGCAGCUCACAACUCUGUCCAUGAUGAACUUCAUCUUGAAAAAAGCCAACAAGAACAUGGAGUAUCUUUUGGAUAAGUCUGAGUGGCACAGUUCCGAUGUGUUCACUCAGGACAUGAUGGAAGACCUGGUGCAGCAGUACAGGGAGACGCUCAGCAAGAUCUUACCUGACAUGACGAGCAUAGUCUCAAAGUGGCAGUCACUUAGUAAGAAGGACAAACCUGAGACUGAUGGAAAAAAGGCAAAAGCUGAAGGGAGUGGCAAACAGCUGGACAUGAUGAACGAAGCCCCUGUUGAUGAGACGGCUGAGGUCAUCCUCCUGAAGGCUCUGAUUCUCCAGGUCAUAUGUCUUUACCAGAAAGUGGUUCCACACUUAGUUAACCAGUGCAAAUUUGACUUCAGCAAGCUUCUAAAAGGCAUUGUAUCAGAGAAAGGAAUCAGGGAGGAAGUUCCUCCAGUUCUGCAGUAUCAGAUUUUGCAGCUGGCCCUAGAUCUUCCUGCUAGCAAGUUCUCCUGGUUCCGCAUUCAAGAUGUUGCAGAUACCGAAUCCUCGUCUGGGGAGAAGUCAGUACUUUAUUUGAUUCUGAAGAUGUUUGUCAGCAGCAGCACCACCCACCUGAAAACCUCCACACGCAUGUUGGUUUUAAAGGUGCUGAAGGACAGCGGGGUUUUUCAAUACACCUGGAACGAACUGGAACUGUGGCUGGACCGGUUGGCUAGUUUAGAGCCAAGUCAACAAGAAACCGUCAUCCAGUUCUUAGAGAGGGUGUUUGGAAAACUGGUUUCCAACUCGCAUGUUUACACAGAUAAGGUUGCCAGCCUGGUCCAGGAGGCAGCUCUUCUCCAAGCCAACCUGAGCGGACAGGAGGGGGACGGGGCCAGUAUCCCAGUCUCACACAUAGACGAUGUCCUAGACAUGCUCGAUGUCAUUAUGGAGAGUAACGACGGUGAGAUGGAGGAAUUCGGACCACCUCUGAGUGAAGACCUCAUCAUUCAGACCUUUCCCUUCAGUGUGGUCGUACCUGCUGCUUUGGAGGCUCGAAACAAACUGCCAGCAGGAAAAGAGGUGGUGUGUGAGUAUUUAUGUGCAGUGCUGUCUGAUGUGCUGCAUUGUCAGAGAGAUCCACUCCCCCUCUGUCUGACUCUGCUACAGUACGAUAAAGAGCUUGUUUCGUCUGAAAACCCUGCUCCUGCUCAUCCGUCUAUCAUACACCUGCAGCGGUAUUAUUCCAAAUGGCUACCGCAGCAGUGCCAGAUGGAAGUGUUCAAAUCCACUGAAUCUCCUUCAAAAGACCAGCAAACCUCUGCUUCUUUCACUGCGAUUGUAAAAGAUGCAUAUAACCAAGGACCCAGUUCUUUGAUCGAUGAGAACCUCAGGAAGAACGUGGAGGAAUCUUUAACUUCAAUGUCGCUGGCCGAGUUUCCAGUAGCGAUCAAGCAGAUGUUGCUCUACGUCAAGUCAACAGUGGAAAACUUUGGCACAUUUUCCAAAGACACAGGAGCUGCUGUUCUUAAAAACCUAAUGGGAAUACUCCAGGAUUUAGUGAUCAAGCUUCAGGACUUACAGGAAACAACAAUAACCUCUGAAUCAGCGGCAGAGAACUCACAAGAGAGAUCAGACCUCUUCCUGGAAAUCAACCAGUCACUUCAACCACAAACUAACAAAGAGCAGAUCCUUGUUUCUGCUCUUGGCUCCAUCUUCAAGCAUCCGUGCAUGGAGCAGUGGUUUCUGGCUCUCGAACUGGCUGCCCUUCCUCCUCACAGUCUGAACCCUGUCAGGCUGAAGCGUCUGUGUGCACAGCUGAGUGGUGACAUUCUGGCUCUGCUGAAAAUCAGCGCCACCACUCUUCGUGAUCUAGGUCAUCUGGAUGUUCUGUGUAGCUACAUGAGCGCUGUAGAAAGGGCAGUACUCAAGGAGCUGACAGAGAAGAGUUCACAGGCUGUAAAGAGACAGUCCCAACCUUUCCAGGCUCUUCUGUCUCUUCACAGCUACAUGGACUUCACUCAUUUGAAGGAGGUGGUUUCUAAGCUGUUACUCCUCCCCCAGGAGAGCCUCAUCUGCCCCAGCAGUGGUGAAACUGAGGCCCAGCUCAGCGUCUAUGGCCAUGCAGCGCUGCAGAUCCUCACUGAGUCUAAAGAUAAUUCCUCCCAGCAUCAUUCCAUUUUCCUGUCCCAGGCUCAUCUCCACGGUUUGGGAAUGCUGCUGCUGUCCUGCUCGAGUCCUUCUCUGGAGGCUUUUCUGCUCCAGACUCUGUCCAGUGAACCAGGCAGUGCAAAGCUCAUCCACACAGAUGUGCUGCUUCACUGUCUCCAGCAGCCUCUCCCAAACAGUCAGGCCAUCAGCUCACUGCUGCUGCAGAACAGCUCCACACACCGCCUUUACUUUGAGGUGUGGUGUUUAGAACCAGGAAACGUGGAAAAGCUCUCACAGCAGACAGAAACAUUCCUCCCACUCAUUAACACCUACCUACAGGUGGCACAGAGAGACGAUCCUGCCAGACCUAAAGACGUGAAAAAUGAAGUUUUAAAAACCUUGAAGAAAGCCCUGCUGGAGAAGUUGUCUCAAUAUGUGCUGGAAAAGCUGGAUGAAAACUCUGGAGUCCAACACACUGAAACACUUUCCAGUUUGAUCAAGCUUUCUGCAAACGUCAACGAUAUCAAAGAUCUGAUCUCAGAUCUGCCCGGUGCUCUUCAAAAAGUGGACACUUUGGAAAGAUGGCAACUAGUUAAUGUUAUCACUGAGGAACUAGCAGAUUGUCCGGAAGAACUAGAGACCUGGAGGAAGUCUAUCAUCACUGCUGCCCUGAAGUGUCUCAUUGCAUCCUACAGUCACUCUAAGGAUCAGGCUACUUCUCCGUCAGCACAGGAACAGAACAUCUUGGACAGACUGAAACUCGUGACGUCCACUGGCGACAUCAGUGCAUCUGAAUGGAACAGCUUUGUCAGAUCUGGACUGAAAUACCGCUACAGACAUCACCACUUCCUGACCACCCUGUGCAGUCUGGUAGAAGUGAUGUACAGUGGCAGUGAAGCCCCCAAGGACCUCGUACCUUUAUCCACCCUUCACAUGAUGACCAGCAGCCAUUCUCUGUUUCUGCCCACCAUGUUGGACUGUGGUGAAGAACCUGACAAGCUUCAGACUAAAGAGGCAUUAGUUUCACUACUUCUCUGCUUGGUGAAGAAAUGCCCGACAGUCUGUAACACCAGUCACUUUGUUGUCCUUUUGGGAGCAUAUGGAGCUACGCUAAGUGUUCUCGAUCAAAAGCUCUUACUGCUUCUUCAGGAAUAUGAAAGAAACAACGUCAGCCUCCUAACAUUUCAAUCCUUCAUGUGGGGCUCGGCAGCUGUAGAACAUCACAAAACCAGGAAGACCCUGGGGGCUUCACUGUGGAAGCAGGAAAGCUCAGAUGAACUAUUGGCCCUGCUCAUGACUGACAGGAUGCUCCAAACCAUCGCACACUUCCCCCAACAGCGCAAACUGAUCCUACAGGGUGAUAAAGAGCCACUAUAUUCCUCAAAUGAAACAACCAGUCUUGGGAAUGUGUAUGAUCCCUGUUUUCUGUUGCCUCUGUUCAGCGCUAUACUGCGGCCAGAGUGUGUGAUCGACUGCCUCAAAUUUGUGUCCAGUCACGCACUCGGUGUAACCGUGAUGGCUUUAAGUAGUUAUGACUCAAAACUGAGAGCAGCGGCGUACCAUGUUCUGAGCUGCUUCUACCAACACCUGGAAGGCGCUCGGUUGAAAGAGAAGAGACAGCUGCUGUACUUGAUGGACAUUGUGAAGAAUGGAGUUCGACAGAAGAAUCAAAGACUUCCUUUUGUUUUGACCACUUACAUUUCUAAAGUGGCUCAGCUGAUGCUCAAACCUGAGGACCACAUGUACGUCGUGAUAAAUAGGUUUCUGCUGUCCCACCAGAGUCUGGAUUUCAGGAGGGUUCCUGAGUUCUUCAAGCUUUAUGGUUUUGACUUGGAGCACAAGUUGGAACGUGAAUGGAUCCUGAAUGUACUGGAGGAAGGCGUUAGUGAUGGACACUGCUUUGAACUAUGUGCUCAGCAGGGGAUCUUCCAGAGCCUUCUAGGCUUCAGCAGCAGCCCCCUGUGUGAUGAUCACACUCAGGCUCAGAUUAUCAGGGUAUUGUGCCGUGCUGCUGGUGGGACCAAAGCAGCUUAUAACCUCACCAAGAGUUGUGGGCUGUUAACCUGGAUGAUUCAGGUGGUUGAAAAAAGGAAACUCGACCAGCAUCUGCUCGGUGCAAUAAUAGACCUGCUUCACGUGCUGUGGUUUACGAAUCUCGGGCAGAAGGACAAACAGCUGAAUGAAGUCAAGUCCUCCUCAUCUACAGACGAAAAACCCCUGAAGUCGCUCAAGUGUCUCCCACUCCCACUCAUCAGUGAAUUCCUGUGUGUGGCAGCAACUAUCAGUAGACACCUCAGAUCGGGGGUCAGGACCAAUCAGCUCAACCUGUUCCUGCAGACUUUCUCCUCAGCGCUGAAGCAUUAUGUGAAAGCUCUCGGCAUCAACAAACACGCUGACAGGUUUACACUUCAUCCUCAGCCACUGUCCUGUAACGAAGUCCUCGCUUUACUCCUCUGCUGGGCCUCUCUGUCCCGUGAUACAGCACUAAUUACUCAGAUACAAACUUUGUCUGAGAAACAUAAACUGAAGGAGUUGGGGAUGGGAAAAGACAAGGUCCGUGGUAAAGGUUCUUCUUCCCAGGCUCGCACACGAAAAGAGAAACUGUCAGAGGAAACGGAAACGGAGAAACAAGAGGAUCAUCUCCUGACAGAGAGUAGAUCCUACCUCAGUGGUAUCUUUGUUCACUGGGAGCCUGUGUUUCCCCUCAGUGAAAACCAGUCAGCUCAGCCCAGUCAGUUGGCCAGCGAUACUGCUCACUUACUCACCAAGUGGUCUCUACGCUGCUUGUUGGAGAGCUCGUAUGAUGAAAGCAGAUCACAAGACUUUGUGCACUGGGUUGCAAAGGCUGUGAUGCAGCACAGGGAAGUCGUGGAUGUAGUGUUGCUGGACUCUGUUGUGAAAGCAGAUCUCCUCAGACUCUACCAUCAAGCCUUUGAAACUCAGCUCAACUCCAGCAUCUCAGCAAGGUCAGAUACCCUGAAGCUGUUUACCAGCAUCAUGAUGCGCUUUCUGGAAACCCAGGGCCACCUCCCAGAGGGGCAUCAGACGGUGGUCUCUGCUUGCCUGCCAGAAGAAGUCAGUGAUCAUUUUAGACAAGAGGCGGGCCUGUUUCUGUCGUCACUGUACAUCCAUGAGUUGUGGAGUGGAGUCGAAUCCCCUGAACUGUUCCUGUCUCACGUCAACUUAGUGACCAGAGUCAAGUGUAAAAAACAGAAAAGAUCCAAAUCAUCGCUGUCUGACGCUGCCAUCAGAGCCAUCUGUAAUGAUAUCACAAUGAAAAGAUAACCUUGACAAUGGAACACCUCUGUGUUUGUUGAGAAAGAUUGUAUUAGAAGAUGGCUUGUAAUUCUUGUACUUUUACUGUACUAAAGAUAUUUUGUAAACAUGUAUGAUUUUUCAUCAUAAAGGUGGAAUUGUG